AUUCCUCGUCAGACCUCCUUGCCCUGUUUGUUGUGAUUUCUUCGGUAACGAAAGCCUUGAAAAGUCAAAGAUCCAGUGACACCUCUUCUUUUUCCAAUCGUUGUUGUCGCCGCAAGCAAUGUGCGCUCUAAUUUCAGUAUUCAAAUCUGGACAUAUUCCACUGUGUAUUGUAAUAGCUGUCCUUUUGUUUUAAGAGGUGAAAUCAGCGUGCCUGUCGCUUAGAGCCUCAGACGUGUAUCGUCACUGUUGAUGCGUUACCUGUUCCGACAAGGUGUUCCGAAAAGUUUUGAUAUUCCACGCAUCGCGCAGAACCAAUUGCGCAGGCCGCACGGUUCUUUUGUGUCGCGAAGUCACUGAUGCGUUUGUUGUUGUUUAGCCUUGGCGAAAAUUCCUAGACACCAGGUAACUGGUAUACGUAGGACUAGCAGGUGCCAGCUCGCGCCAGGGAUCCACGGCAGACCCUCGCUGCAUACCGGCCUUUCUCUCACCAAGCCCUGCUAUGGAGAAUGAGUCUGCGUGCGAAGUGUUGACAAGAUAGUUCUGAGUUGCGAAGUUGUCCUGUGUGAGCUGUGUGGUGUUAAUACAAGACGGGACCAUGCCUCGGUCAGCUCCACCGGCCGGCCGGACCAGCCACAGCCGGGCUUCAGCAUGGGAGGGCUGUGACGAUGACAUAAUUCUGGAGGUGCCACGGACACAGUCGGCCAUGUCCUCGGACGGGCGGACGAACUGGGCCCUGCGCAGUCGGAAGUCAGACGCGAACAAGGAAAUCGAAGAAUGGAUCUCUGACGUGAAGAGAGAGAAGAGCACGGUUCGGACGGCGGCACAGCCGGCAGAGAACUACACGGAACAGCGCAUGUUAGAGUCCAAGCUGUACGACUUGUCUAAGGAAAGGUACAAGUUCCUGUCGCAGGCGAACUACCAGCGGAAAGCCUUCCUGGACAAGCAGCAGCGGAAGACUAGCGUCAUGAAGGACUUGAUGCGGAAGGUGGACAGCGGCGCGUCCCACCCCCCUCUCCAGCGGCAGAACAGCCAGCUCAGCAGCAUUCCCUGCGACUCCGACGUCCUUUCACGUAAGGCCAGCUCUAUCGUACCUGCUGCUACCGAGACAACAGCGCCCCCAGCGCUUCCAGCGAGAAUUGCACGGGAGGACCUGUUGAACUCUUUAGUACAGACCACGCAGGCAUGGCAGCCCACGGCGGACCGCCGCUUCUCCAAGCUGGCAGAUGCCCUGUCUCCGAAAUACGAGACGAACAAACAAGUAAACGUGGACCAUAUCCUGAAGAGAUACCCUGACCGGAUGUCGGCUGCUGGUUCUACGGCGACACAGUCAUCAAGAAGGCCCGUAUUCGGCAGGCCGCGUGGACGGAAUGUGGUCAUAUGACAUUGACCUUUGUCUUCGAUAUAGUAAUAGUGGUCUAAGGUUUAAUCUCCAAGCAGAUCUUUUGGGUGGACAGUAUCGAAUUGGCCAGACGGUAUCCAAUACGCCACCCAAGAGCGACCAAUGGUUACAGGCGGCCAAUGGUUACAGGCGGCCAAUGUAGACUCCCUUGCCCCAGAGAAUCUGCUUUGAGAUUAUCCAUAAGCUUAUCUUCAUAAGAGACCGACUCCUGUACUAGUAGUAUCUAGUACAUGUACGAUAUUGAUCUCAAGUCCACAUAGCUAUUUGAAUUGCAAUAUGCUUGUGGAACAGCCAAUUUGGCAUCUUUUGUGGGAAAAUUUGUUUUAACUUAAGUAUUUCGAUAGACCUUUUAGCGUCCUGAUAGAAAGGGGAGAUGGGAAGGGGAUAGAUCAUGUUGAUAUGCACCAUCUAGCGGAUCACAUGAGGAUGACAAGGCCUGUGGCAAGGCAUGCGCAAUGUUCGUAGUUACAUAUCAUGUGGUGAGAAAAGUGUGAGUUUAACUGUAGAUUUCCCUCUUCGACAAGGGUGCGCCAUAUUUUGAUAUUCUCAUAAAACUUAGAUAAACAAAAGACGUUGUAUAGUACAUACACCAUGUACAUCCUUACGUCAUUAUUGUGUGUAGGAUAAGAAUAGAUCUAGAAAAAUCCAUGAUGUCAAUGCAAACUGUUUUUCAAGAAACGCGUGUUUAGUAAUUAUGCCGAGUUUGACCAGAGUCAGACAUUGCAUGCGUUAGUUAGUUGGCCAGUUCAUAAAGAGAAGGCCAUUGUUGUAUACUGGUGUAGAUGUAACCUUUUUAUAUUUUUCUAAAGCACCGUCCUUUAAUUUGUAAAUCUUUAAUUUCAGCAGUGCUAUUAGUAUUUGCUAGAUAAAGCGGACCGCUGGUUGUUUUUCAAUGAAUGUAGCUAAGCAGGUCUCAGAGUCUCUAACAAAUACCACCGUCCAUUAUUUGCACGUAUUACUAUAGAUUGGGAUCUUUUAAAAGCGAAAUAUAUGGAUAUGUGAUAUUACCAAUCAAAAAUGUAUAUCCAGUUGAAAUCUAUCCUCUAAUUUAUGGAACUACUUCUUUCUACAGAGAAAGCAGCUAUGGAAAUGUUCCGUCCAAGACAAAACCCGUCCAUGACAUUUUUCCCAAGGUCACUAAAUUAAAGCCGUCCGUUGAAUUAAUAACCCUUAUGCAGCUUUAUGUGAACUUGCUAAUGUUGAAAACAGAAAUAAACACGUCCUUUUGC